AUGCGCCUGGCAAUUUUGUUCCUUGUAUUUCGACACGCCAGUAGCCUUAAUCUCUGUGAUGAAUCACCAAUUGAACCCUUAUUGAGGGUGAUCGGAGGAUCAGCAGCUUCUGCCGGAGACUAUCCAUGGCAAGCAGCUGUUGUAUUCUACGAUGGUUCCAACAAAGGGCUGAUGUGCGGUGCGACUGUUAUCAACGAGUACUGGGUACUUACGGCAGCACAUUGUAUUAUGGAAAACCCGAGAAGUGCUCUCAUCCUCACCGGUUUACAAAGUCUUCGCGAUCCGCAACACACUUAUCAUGCCGAGAAAAUAGUAAUCCAUCCGGGAUACGAUGAGAGCACGAUCGCUAACGACAUUGCCGUUGUCAAGAGCAAGCGUUCCCUGCUCAAAAACGGCGUUUCUCCUGUGUGUUUGAACGAGAAACGACCAGCGCCUGAUCUCAUCCAGUGGUGA